AUGGCAGACACCACCCCGGCAACGACCAACAACUCCCCCAAGAAACAAAUCAUCCUCAAUGCCUUUGUCAUGAACACACCCGGCCACCAGGCCCCAGGCCUGUGGCGUCAUCCUCGCAACAAGACAGAUCAAUACAAAAAGCUCUCCUUCUGGAACGAUCUCGCCCAGCUGCUUGACAAAGCCGGAUUUCACGCAAUGUUCAUCGCCGAUACAUUGGGUCCGUACGAUGUUUACAAGGGACCCGCAAAUGUUGUACCGUCUCUUGCCUCAGGUGCCCAAUUCCCGGUUAAUGAUCCUCUGUAUUUGGUUCCGGCCAUGGCUUCUGUUACGAAGAAUUUAAUAUUUGGUGUGACGGCCAGUUUGACAUAUGAAAAACCAUAUGCGUUAGCGAGGAGGUUCUCAACGGUUGAUCAUCUGAGUGAGGGUCGAGUUGCGUGGAAUAUCGUCACUUCGUAUUUAGAUAGUGCUGCUCGUAACCACGGCCUGAAAGAGCAAAUCCCGCACGAUGAACGAUAUGCAAUUGCGCAUGAGUAUAUGGAAGUCCUCUACAAGCUCUGGGAAGGCAGUUUCCGCGACGAUGCCGUCCUCGAAAAUCGAGAAACAGGAAAGUACAUCGCCGACGACGCAGUGCGGCAAAUCAACCACAAAGGGAAAUACUUUGAAGUCCCCGGACCUCAUUUCUGUGAGCCGUCACCACAACGAACUCCGUUUCUAUUUCAGGCGGGCGUUUCCGAGGCAGGUAAUGGAUUUGGCGGCAAGCAUGGAGAAGCCAUUUUUAUUGGCGGCCAAGUUCCUGAAGAUGUUCGCGUAACAGUGAACAAUAUUCGAAACAUCGCGCAGAAAGAAGGCCGUGAUCCGAAUCAUAUAAAGAUCAUACUAGCAACCUGCAUAAUCGUGGCUGCGACGGAUGAAGAAGCGCAUGCAAAACGUGAAGAAUACCUGAAAUACGCCGAUUAUGAAGGCGCUUACGCCCUCUUUGGCGGAUGGACAGGUGUCGAUUUAUCCAAGUAUUCCGAUGACGAGAAUUUCCUAGUCACGGAUUCGCCCCGUGUUCAAUCUCUUAUUCGGCGAUGGGCGGCUUCGGUACCCGGAAAGGAGAACCAGCCCUGGACCAAGAAGAAUAUUGCAGAGUAUCUCAGUGUUGGCGGCCUACAGGCGAAAUUAAUUGGCAGUCCGACUACUGUCGCUGAUCAGCUUGAGCGCUGGGUGGAUCUAACAGAUGUGGAUGGGUUUAAUGUUAUUCAUAUUACGAAUCCGGGAUGUUUUGAGGAUAUGGCGGAGUAUCUGCUUCCGGAGUUGAGACGGCGUGGAAGGUUCAGGAGUCAUGUGGAAAAGGAAGGGGCUACUGCUCGAGAAGUCUUUAUUGGCUCGAAGAGAUUGCCAGAGGAUCAUCCGGGCAGCAAGUAUAAGUGGCGUGCUGGCGAGGAUAUUCCUCAAUAUCAACAAGAGGAACAGCUAAAAUCUUCUGAAGAUUAG